CCCUGAGUCCUGGAAACAGCACAGAGAGAGCCAUGGAGAUUGCUUCAGACAAAGCCAGGGAAGCCAAGCAGGUCACAAGCAAAAAGGGUGGACUCAAGACCAUUCCCUUCAUCAUAGCAAAUGAGAUAUUGGAGAAGGUUGCUGGGUACGGGCUACUUCCAAAUAUGAUUUUGUACUUGAUUUAUGAGUAUCGCUUCGAUGCCGCUUCGGGUGCAAAUGUCCUCUUCUUGUGGUUGGCCAUAACGAACUUCAUGCCCACUCUAGGCGCUUUUCUUUCCGACUCUUGCUUGGGGCGGUUCCGUGUCAUCGGGUUCGGAUCGAUCAUCAGCCUUCUUGGAAUGACCCUGUUGUGGUUGACAGCCCUUCUCCGAGACGCCCAGCCUCCGCCGUGCAACCCAAGGAUCGAAACGUGCAAAUCCCCAACUUGGGCGCAGCUCCUGCUUCUGUUUUCCUCUUUCGCCCUCAUGUCCAUCGGGGCUGGCGGGAUCAGGUCGUGCUCGAUGGUCUUUGGGGCGGAUCAGAUCGACAAUCCUGAUAACCCCAAGAACGGGCGGAUCCUGCAGACGUUCUUUAACUGGUACUAUGCGUCAGUCGGGAUCUCGAUCGCGAUUGCAAUAAUCAUGAUAGUUGACAUCCAGAACUCGCGCGGUUGGGUGGUCGGAUUCGCGGUUCCGGCGGGGCUUAUGCUGGUCUCGGCUGUGAGCUUCUUCCUGGGAUCUUCACUCUAUGUCAAAGUGAAGGCAAACAAGAGCCUCUUCACCGGCCUUGCUCAGAGCAUGGUAGCCGCCUGGAAAAAGAGGCACUUGGAGAUCCCCAGCAUGGAUCAUGAUGCAACGUAUUACCAUCUUAAGGGCUCCAAAAUUACCACACCAAGCGAGAAACUGAGUUUCCUAAACAGGGCUUGCCUUAUAAACAACCCUGAGAAGGACCUGGACGCUGACGGACUGGCCGUAGAUCCGUGGAGACUCUGCACAAUCCAGCAAGUUGAGGUGCUCAAAGCCCUCAUCAAAGUCCUUCCCAUUUGGUCCACCGGCAUCAUCAUCGGCGUGACCAUAAGCCAGGGCGCGUUCCCGGUCCUCCAGGCGAAGACCAUGGACCGGCACUUCCUCUUCGGCCUCAAAAUCCCGCCGGGCUCCUUCGGCAUCUUCAGCCUCCUGACCCUCACGAUAUGGGUGGCGCUCUACGACAGGAUCAUCAUCCCCCUGGUCUCGAAGCUGACCAGCCGGCCCGGCGGGCUCACCUACAAGGAGCGGAUGGGGAUCGGGCUCCUCAUCUCCUGUGUGGGCAUGUUCGUGUCGGCGGCGGUGGAGCACAGGCGGCGAGCCGAGGCGAUCCGGGAAGGGCUGGCCCAGAACCCGGCCGGGGUCCUGAAGAUGUCAGCAAUGUGGAUUGUCCCGCAGCACUGCUUGACUGGGCUGGCGGAGGCAUUCAACGCGAUCGGGCAAAUCGAGUUCUACUACUCCCAGUUCCCCAAGAGCAUGGCGAGCAUCGCGGUGGCGCUGCUCACCCUGGGAAUGGCCGUGGGCAACGUGGCGGCGAGCCUGAUCGUGAGCAUCUUGGACCACCUGAGCAGGAGGAGUAGGAACGGGACGUGGAUCUCCACGAACGUGAACGAGGGUCACUACGACUAUUACUACUGGAUCUUGGCGGGCUUGAGCGUGAUCAAUUUCUGCUACUACCUUGUGUGCGCUUGGGCCUAUGAGGGGGGUGAGGAGCGGAAGAUUUGGGAUGAGGACGGAUCGGAGGAUGAUCUAGAGAUUGAUCGAGUGUCUCCGAUGAGAAUUCAUGCUUGAUUUUUGUUAAUUUAGCGCUACAUGAUGCCGAUGUUUCAGCUAAGUGUAUGACCGGUUGAUGCAUGAUAUACCAAGUACGUACUUAAACGAUUUCCUUGCUUGUUGGAUCUCCUUAUAAACGAGGG